UUUUCGUCGCCUCCCACCAUGACUGCAGUUGCACCUCCCAACUCUGCAGCUCCAGUCCAAACUCCAGCGGACCCUUCACCAUCAUCGCAGCCCUUAUCAUGGGAGGGCGACAAAAUGUUUAACAUCUACAUCUACGACUAUUGCUAUAAACGGGGUUUCCACAAAACCGCUAACCAACUUUUGCUCGAGGCAGACAUUCCGUCAGACUCGUCGCCACCAAUCAAUGCUCGGCAGGGUCUACUUUUUGAGUGGUGGAGUGUGUUCUGGGUUCUAUUUACUGCGAAGGCGAAUGGGAAUGGGUCAGAAGAUGCGAUGCUGUAUACCCAGCAUCAGGCACAACUAGCUGCUAUGCGAAGUCGACCUUCGAAUUCUUUACCAGGCAUGAUGCCCCAGCCUGGCCAGCCAGGACGACCGCCCGUCAACGGUGCUGGUCGUGGUUUCCCUCCAAACGGCCCGAUGGCAAAUGGAAUCCAACCCACCGGCCAGCCUGCUGGACCGACUGCUUUUGCUGGCUCUAACGGCGUGAUGACUGGCGCACCUUUUAAUCAACAACAACGAGGGUCAAUGUCCGGUCCCCCAAGACCGCCCAACGGAGGGCCACCUUUCCAGUCGCCUACAAUGGCCCAUUCUCCGCCAAACUCCGUUCAACCUCCCCAGAAUCAGUCGCAGCCUCCGAUGGGUGGUCUUCAUCGUGGUUCUAUGCUUCCCCCAGGAAUUGCUCCACAACCUACUCCUGCCCCAUAUCCGCCAAAUAUGGGAGGCCGUCCCCCAAGUCCAACAGGCAGGACAUCAACCCCCCAGCCUGGAAUGGUCCACCAAAGUCCUUCUAUGGCUCCACGACAACCUCCCAUGCCGGGCAACAUGGCUAACGCAGAGAUGGCGCUGAACGGCGAGUUGCAAAGUCUCCCGCCACAAUUGUUGUCUGUGAUAAAACAUGAGCUCGGUCUGACCGACAAAAGCAUUCCAAUGCUGACAAUGCAAGAGAAGCAACGGAUGAUCCAAUCGGCUCGGAUGCGUCUAGGACCGCAGAAAGUACCUCCUCCCAAUGCUACGGCAGGACCGUCAACAAUGGUGCCGCGCCGGAAUAACAAACGAAAUAGCACAUCUCCUGGCGAAGAUCUUACACACCCUGAUGACGGGUCAUCACCACCAAAUGCAAAGAGGAUACGGACAACACCAGAGCAACAACCACCCAUUCCAACUGGCCCAAUGCCCGCAGGGUAUCCUCAACCACAAGGUGGACCACCACCUAUGAACAAUGGAAUGAUGCGACCGAUGGGAGCUGGCCCUAUGGCGAAUGGUUUCCCCCAUCAGCAGCCACCAAUGUCGAUGGGAAUGCUAGGAAUGCCCAGCGGUAUGAGUCCCCAGAUGCAGCCUCAGGCAGGAAUGAUGUAUCGACCAGGAGGAAUGCAUCCUAACAUGCGAAUGCCUGGAAAUAUCAACUCCGGAUCGCCCGGAUCUGAUCCCUCAUUUGGUUCCGUUGGACCAAUGCCAAUGCCUCCCGGUGGGCCUGCGCCGGGCCAAUUUGCGCCGGGACCGAACCGAUUACCAGCGCCUGGACAGCAACAACCAACAGGAAAACCAAUGAGUAUGCUCCCACCGCCUUCUCCCGCCAAGGAAAUGGGCAAAGACACCAAUAAACCUGGAUCGUCACCAAGAAACCCACCAAUGGCGGCUGGCUCGAAUACUGGUCCACCGACACCACAAGGAGGGAUGGCGCCGUCUCCUGGUCUUAUGAUGAAUCCAAACGGCCCAAUGAACCCUGCUGGCAAUGGUGGUGGCGGUGCUAUGUCGCUAGCCCCAGGCUCUGCUCCUCCCACAGAACCGUUGUUCUCGACCGAUUUUAUGCAGAAUAUGGGUGGCUCGCUGGAAGACGUCGACUUGUUUUUCCGGCAGGACGCAGAUAUCAAUUUUGAGCGAGACUUUGGCCAGUGGUUCAACAGCGCUGAUGACGUACCUGGGAUGGAUCUCGUCAAGCAAUAG